CGCCACUUUCCUCUCUGCUUUUCUCUCUCGAAUUUGCGAAUAAAUCAAAUUCAUUUCGUGAACUUGGAGCGUCGCGCAUAAAUCAAGAGAGAUCCCUCAUCAUCCUUUUAUUUCCCCGCUCUCUUCAAUCAUCCUCAGCUCAUUGUAGAGAGAGAGAGAGAGAACUCUUUCUCUUUCUCUUGGUUAAGCUCUUUCAAGUAAAGCAAAUCAGACCUUUCUUUGAGUAUCCCCUGAAUCUCCUCUUUUUUGUUUACAAACAAACACUCACAUUAUUUUCCCAGGAAAAAACACAGAGAAAAUAACCCAUUCACUCCUCAGAUUUCCCUCGAAAAGGAAAAAGUUUCAUUCAAAGUCAGCCUUCUCUUUUCCUUUCUCUAAUUUCCAAGCAGUUUCUCUACUUUUUGGCCCUUCCCUCCCUUUUCACUAGUGAAAAUGAGAGUCGAUUUCCCCAAACUCACAAUGAAGAAAUUCAGAUUAUCAGCAUCUCUUAUGUUUUCCAUUAUUACAUUCUCUCUCUUCAACAACUCACUCGCCGGUCUCCUUGCCGAACCGGCACAUCCCUUAAAACCCGGAGAUUAUAAUCCGAACACCGUCCCCGCAUUUCCGGUGCAGACCGAAGCCGAAAUCUGCCGGCUCGACUUAUCAGCUGAGUUAUUCGGUGGCGUAAACGACGCAUGCGGACAUAACCUCGACCGUAGCCGGUGCUGUCCAGUCCUAGCCGCUUGGCUUUUCGCGGCUCACGCUCGGUCUGCUCUCCAAGUCCAGCCGGCUGAGCCGCCGGCGAGUUCGGACCUUCCGAUGAUGCCCGAUGACUCGCAGAAGUGUGUUAACUCGCUCCAGAGUUCGCUUCAGAGUCGGAACAUUCACAUUCCUCAGCCGAACUCGUCAUGCGACGCUGUCUUGUGCUUUUGUGGGAUUAGGCUUCAUCAGAUUAGUUCCCUGAGUUGUCCGGCGGCGUUUAACGUCACGACUUCGCAUCUUAACGCGACUCCGACUGCUGCGGUGAGGAAUUUGGAGAAGCAUUGCCGGAAUUCUUCGUACGCUGGGUGUACUAAGUGCCUCGGAGCUCUACAAAAGUUAAAAGGUGAGGGUAAAAAUGGAACCCACGAUGAUGAAGACGGCAACGGUGACAGAUUGAACAAGAUGUUCAACAGAGACUGCCAGCUAAUGGGGCUGACGUGGCUACUAGCAAAGAACAAAACGGCGUACAUACCAACCGUUUCAGCUGUAUUGCGGGCCAUCAUGUACAGUGCGCACCCACCCCACCAGUCCAAGUGUAGCCCUGACCAGGAGAACAUGCCCUUGGCCGUGAAUUCACUCCAGUUCGAAAAGACCGAUUCAACGUCGUCGUCGUCCACUGUUACUUUGCCUAUCAGUGCAUUUACAUUUUUGCCCCUAAUCAUUCUACUUUGUUUGUGUAAUGAUCUGUUCGGCUUCUUGUUUGUUUGGCCUUUUACUUAACCCUCCCUCCUGCUGUUUUUGUAUGUGAUGUCGGGGGUUCACGUGAAGCUUAAUGACAAAGGGGGAACAGGGGUCCUUUUGUCUUUUUGUGCUACUGUAAAUUUCAUACUUGUUUUUACCUGUUGUGCCACCUGCCCUGUCUUUUCCGUUUUCUUUUGGCUCUUAUUUUCUUACUGUACUUAA